CUGGCAAGAUAUGAAGAUCCUCCUAGCAAUCUCAUCCCAGGAUUUAAUGAUGCUCUACCACUGAAUAACCAUGGGUUCCCAUGCAUUGUCCAAGCCCCCCGAUGGGGGCUGGGGCUGGAUGGUUGUCUUAGCAGCUUUUGUGCAGUCGGCUCUGGUCUUUGGGGUGAUCCGAUCUUUCGGGGUUUUCCUUGUGGAGUUUAUGGCUUACUUUGAAGAACCUUCCAGCACCACCUCCUGGAUCACAUCUGUCACCGUGGCUACAUUGAUGUUCGGAAGUCCAUUGGCAAGUGGGUUAGGCAAAAAAUUUGGAGAACGGCCCCUUGCUAUCAUUGGUGGGUUCCUUUCUGGCUUCGGCCUCCUCUUGGCCUCCUUUGCCACCAGCCUGGCUCAGCUCUAUGUCUUCAUUGGCUUACUCACAGGUUUUGGUAGUUCCUUGAUCUUCUCCCCUUCCCUCUCCUUGGUCGCUCGGUAUUUUGACCAGCGCAGAGCUGUGGCCAAUGCCCUGGUCUUCUCUGGCUCGGGCAUUGCUUCGUUGGCUUUCUCGCCAUUCUUCCAGUUCCUAGUGGACUUCUAUGGUUGGCGUGGAGCCCUCCUGAUUGUAGCCGGAAUGGUCUUCAACCUGGUGGUUUGCGGUGCCCUCCUGCGGCCCCUGCAUUUGGCCACAGAUGACACCAAGGUCAGGGGGUCCCUGGAAGCACAAAGCCAAUGGAAGAGACUGGUGGAACUGUUUGGGCUGAAUUUAUUCUUCCAUCGAGCUUUCAUGAUGUUCUGCAGCACAGGCAUGUUCAUCACCACUGGUUACUUCAUUCCUUUUGCCCACCUUGUGCCCCACGCAAGGGAGCAGGGCUUUGACGAAUACCAGGCUGCUUUCCUGGUCUCUGCGGUGGGCAUCUCAGACAUCGUUGGACGGAUCGUAGCCGGAGGGCUGGCUGGCUGGAGUUCCCUUCGCCUUGUUCACAACUACACCAUCUGGGCAGUCUUGACAAGCAUCUCCUUGCUUGUGGUGCCGCUGGGACACAGCUACAUAGCCAUGGUGGCCAUCAGCAUCUGCUAUGGCUUUGUGGCUAGUGCGGUCAUCCCACUGAAGUUCUCCAGCCUGGUGGAAAUUGUGGGCAUGGACCAGAUCAUGGGAGCCAUGGGCCUGAUCCAUAUGAUGGAAAGCGUUGGGGCUUUAGCGGGGCCUCCGCUCUCAGGUUGGAUCCAUGAUGUAACUGGAAGCUACAAUGCCUCUUUCCUGACCUCAGGUGCUUUCAUUGCGGCUGGGAGUUUGGGUCUUCUGCUAUUACCUGGCUUCUUUGCGCGUCGCCCCACUUCCUCUCCGAGACCCCAAACAUCCAGAAGGACAUAAACUGGUGGAGUCACCAGAUCUGAACCAUCAAAAUGGAGUGUGCUGAGAAGAAAAACUUUGGGUUGGAGCUGAGCAUCACAGAGUACACACAAUAAGCAAUAUCUUCCCUCUAAGGUUUCCUUUACACCUAUACUGUAAUUAUAGCACUUGCAUACUGCUUCAACUAUCAUGGCUCCUUCUUAUAGAAACCUGAGAUUUAUAGUUUGGUGAAGGACUUGGUUCGUUUCCCUGAACUACAGCAGAGAAUUCUGUGUGCCUAACCAAACUACA